UGAUGACACGCGCGACCCUCACUUGGUCUGUGGCGGGUGAGAUGGAGACAGCCGGCUGAAUAAACGACUUUUCUUCGCGAUUUAUAUGUACCUUUUUCCUCCUGGGUCGCAAAGAACACCAAUGGGGAACUCCUAUGCGGGCCAGCUGCGGACCACGCGCUUUGAGGAGGUCCUUCACAACUCCAUUGAAGCAUCGCUGAGGUCCAACAUUGUAGUGCCGCGACCCGUCUUCUCCCAGCUCUACCUGGAGGCAGAACAGCCACUUGCGCACAAUGGCCGCACAGACAAUGAUGAUGAGGAUGAUGAAGAGGGCUCAGAAACUAACAGUCCUCCAAUACUCUAUCAGAUGAAACCCCCACCAGACGGCUGCUGUACCACAGACGGUUUCUGUCAGGCAGGCAGGGAUUUGCGUCUGUCAUCACUGGCAUCAGAGACCUUGGAUGUUCCGCCUGGGUUCAUGCUGGUUGGGCUUAAGUCCCCCUCCCUCCCUGACAGCCUGCUAGUGUGUGCCGUUGACCAUCGCUUCCUGCCGGAUGAACGAGGUCACAACGCUCUGCUGGGCUUCUCUGGGAAUUGCAUGGGCUGUGGUGAAAAGGGGUUCCGCUACUUCACAGAUUUUGCCAACCACAUUAACCUGAAACUCAGCACCCAGCCUAAGAAACAGAAGCACUUGAAGUACCAUCUGUACCGAAACAACCAAGGUGUGCUGGUUAAAGGAGCUCCCAUCUGUUGGAGGGGACACGAUGGCAGGAUAAGACAAAUAGGUCCCAGUCUCUCAGUGGGUCAUGCGACUUCAGAUGAACAGUCACCAAACUUGCCAUUAAUGCACCCGUCGCAUACACCUGGCAGCUACACGGGUGACACACGCAGAAAUACCUCUCAUGCAAAUGGUAUGCCUCAAAUCGCUGAUUCAGCCCAUCCACUGACAAAUGGCCAUCAUGCUAUUCCCCCCGUCACGAAACAAGUGAUAAAUCACUCAGGACCAGGGAGGCCGUCCACGAUAGGGACACAGACAAAUGCUGGACCCCCCAAAAAGAGGCAUAAGGGUUGGUCCCCUGAAUCAGCUUCCAGCGGUGUGUUAGAGAACACAGUGAAGAUGCCACUAUCUUCAUCGACCUUAUCGUCAUCGACAGUGCACCCUGUUACCACAACUGGAGCCAGAUUAGAUACCGCCACACCACUGAGUUCCUCCCAGAGGUCCUUGACCACACUUUCUCCCUCUGGAUUGUCUGUAGCUGUGCCUGAUCAGCUGUUACACACGUGUGGACUACAACCUGUCAUCUUCAAAGGUCACGGCCCUCUCCCUCGGCUGACUGGUAAUGUUAGCGAAGUGCUGGUCAGUUCUCUUCUCCAGAGUUGUUAUCUGAGCUCUCAGACCCUCCCCAGAGUCUACCAGCACUACGGACCCUCACCCAUUCAGCCACUGUCAACUGAAAUGCAGAUUCUACUCACUGUCUACUACCUUGUUCAGCUCGGCCCAGACCAAGUGCCCCUGAUUGAGGACUUGGAGCAGAUAUUCAUGAGGUCGUGGAGGGAGUCCCACCUCAGUGAAAUCAGACAGAACCAACAACCUCAAACACCGGGCUCCCAAGGGAGGCACUAUGGCAUUGAGGCGUCUACUCUUCCUGGGCUCCCUCAAAAUCUUGGCUUACCCCACCAACAGCCACUGACCCCGAGCCAGCUUCCUUGGCUCGCCCAGCUGGCUGCAUCGUCCUGCGGAGAAGGGGUAGUGGUGUUAGGGGAGCAAUUGGGAUCUUUGGCUCAAGGCCUUCAGCUGAUGUUUAGCAAGUUAAUGGAAGGAGGGUUCCAAAACACAAACUAUGCAGUCGUCAUUGUCACUGCUUCUGGGCAAGAGACACAGUCUUGUGUGGUAGUCACAGGUAAACACCAGUGUCGGGCCUUGGCAGAGAGUAUGUUUUCUCCCAGUGAGGGUUUGAGAGAAAUCAACCACCAGCUUUCCUCUGGUGAAGCGCAGGAACUCGUCCAGUUUUGCAAUUCCCUUGGACAAGAUGGUGAUAUGGAUUCCCUACUGGACAGUGCAACAUUAGACAGCAAUGAGCCAUCUCCCUUAUCCAGCAGUCAGGAAUCAGCUGAGGACAAGAACGUGAAAAGCACACAAAGUUCAAAAGACUCACACAGCCCGAAAGAAAGAUUUCUGACUUCCAAAGAAACCUGUUCAGAGUACUCCGUAGAGUGGCGUGAGGUCCGGCCCAUCCAGUUAGCAGUGGCCAGAAAGCUGCUGUCUCAUGUUUGUGCCAUAGCAGAUUCCAGCACACAGAACCUGGACCUUGUGUCCUUUGACAGGGUCAGCUUCCUCAUUCUGGUCCCUCCAUCUGAGGUCACAUUUCAACAGACUGUUCUCCACCUCUGGAGCUCUGGCGUUCUUCAGGAACUUGGGAGUCUAGACCAAGACUGUGGGUCUCAGCGGGAUGCCGAACGCUUUGUGGUUAAAAUGGAUCAAAGCGCUCAAGUGCAAAUUGACAGCCUUAUCCAAGAAGCACGUAGCAACUCCUACACACUUUACAUCCUGGUCCAUGACCACGCCCACUGGGACAUCAGCAGUGCCUCCUACCGUAACUCAGACUCAAGUUUGGGCCUGGUGGACCAGCUACUCAAUUCCAGACAGAUUAGAGAUGCUCCCAACAUCCUGAUUCUCCAUGUCACGUCCUUUCCCUUCGCUCUGCAGACACAAUUCACACGGAUCAGCCCUUACAACGAGAUCCACUGGCCCUCCUCGUUCAGUAAUGAUGUUGACCUUUAUCAUGAAAGAACACGCUACUUUGGCGUGUCCGAGCUUUUAGAGUCAACUAGCUCAGGGAGCAGCCUGCCUCUGAUGCGAUACGAUUCGUCUUUUGAGAGCAUGGCAUCUGCCCUGGAGGAAAGGUUUCCAAAGCUGCACAGUGCUGUGAUCCGCACUACAGUUCUCAUCCACCACUACUGCCUAGCUCUGAUGGCUGUGUCUGGAAGAAUCAGCGGCUCGCACAAUCUCCACAAACACACAUCUGUGGAGACGCUGGGCAUAGUGCAGUCACUGCUCAGUGCCGCCCAGCAAUGCCCCGCCCACCACGGUCACAUGGUCCUGCUACGGAUCCCCUCUUUGGCUCUGGCAGCAUGGGCGCAUCGACGGCUAUCCAGAGUGAGGAGGCAGCUAGGUCUUGAGGACAACUUUGAGAUCAUACUAGGCAAUCCAGGCCAGCCUCUGAAUAUUGGGCAGAGCUUUAUUGAUCAGAUUAAGAUAUGGCUAAAAAUCCAAGAAGCUGAUUGGAUUCCUCGAACCUACCUGGAGCUUGAGGCCCUUCCCUGCAUCCUAAUCCUGUCAGGAGCUGAACCUCUGGGAGAGUCACUUCCCAGGUCACUGAAGUAUUGUGACCUUCGAGUGAUAAGCUGCUCCUAUCUGCAACGUACCACCCUUGAACAAGAAUUGGGACUAGCAGCCUACCUGCUGAAGGCGGAGUCUCGGUCCCCGCACAACCCGGGACCAGGAAGUGACCUGCUGGAGAGUGAUGCAGAAAAACUCAGCAGCUCUGACAAUGAGGAGGAGGAGGGGCAGGAUAACGAAAACUCCCCUCUGUCCUCCAACCAACCACUCCAGUCAAGCCCAGGUAUAGGAGCAAAAGAUACACACUCUACCCAGAGCAGCAUGUCUCCAAAAGCCCCAAAGAGUACAAAGGCCAGCACCCCGUCCCCUUCACGUGCGCAGACUCAGCUUCCUCACCAGUUCUCUUCUCAAGCAUUUUUAUAUCCUCAACCCUCACUUCACCACCCAAGCCAGUCUCAAACCCAGACUUAUACACAAUCACAACAAAUUCCAAGUCAGAACCAGCCAGUACCUCAAACACACUCCCAACAUUACUUUCACCAAGUACCCCAGCCACAACUCCAACAACCACUGCCUCCUACUCAGCCUCGUCGCCACCCUUCCAAAUCCACCUCCUCUGGCUCCUUGUCGCCCCGAUCCUCCUCUCCACAUUUGAGCUGCUCCUGGGCACGGGGAGUGAGUCGCCCGCCUUCAGUGCUCCUCCCCCGCUCACUUUAUGACAUCAUCACAGCCAACGACGGCAGUGGGCUUCCGCGAUGUACUUCCUUCCUGCCACAUAUGUCUGUAGCAUGGGCCAGUAGCUUCAGGCCUUUGCUGAGUAAGAUGAUGACAUGCACAGAACAGUCUCUGUACUACCGUCAGUGGACGGUCCCCCGCUCUUACCACAUGGACAGCAGCAAUCGCACCGAAGGAAGGAGUGACAACUUUCACCCUCGCAGGCUUCUACUCAGCGGACCCCCACAGGUGGGUAAAACAGGCGCUUACCUUCAUUUCCUGGGUAUUCUGGCUCGGAUGCUUAUCAGGCUAAUGGAGGUGGAUAUCUACAAUGAAGAGGAAAUUAACUUCAAUGCCCAAACAGAUGGGGUGCAGUACAGCCAAGCCCAUGCCCUCUGGCCCAACCCAGACAUUAUGAAGACAAUGCCUUUUGACUACACAGUCCAUGACCCAAAAUAUGAUGACAUCAGUUUAGUCUAUUGCCCUGGAUAUAAACCAGCUUCUGAUGCCAAUAUAGUGCGUCAGGAAGAUGUGUGCUUAAGGAGGCGUACGACCAGGAUCAAACUAUCCAAGUAUGCUGCCUUUAACACCUAUCACCAUUGUGAACAUUGUCACUUGUACUUGGGCUUCAACCCAAGAUACCAGAUGUACGAGUCCUCGCUGCACGCCUUCACGUUCACCCACCUACGGCUUGGUGAAGAGAUACAGCUUUACUUCAUCAUCCCAAAGUCCAAAGAGCACUAUUUUAGCUUCAGCCAACCAGGUGGACAACUGGAGGGCAUGCGGCUGCCUCUCGCCACAGACCGAAGCGCAGACUGCAUCAAGAGUCCAAUCUUCACUCCAACCACUGGUCGCCAUGAGCAUGGUCUUUUUAACCUCUACCAUGCCAUGGAUGGAGUCUCACAUCUCCAUAUCUUGGUGGUCAAAGAGUAUGAAAUGGCAGUCUACAAGAAGUACUGGCCCAACCACAUCCUGCUGGUGCUGCCUGCUAUCUUCAACGGAGCUGGGAUAGGUGCCGCGCACUUCCUGAUUAAAGAGCUCUCGUACCACAAUCUGGAGCUGGAGCGCAGUCGCCGCCUUGAGGGAGGAGGACCGGCAGGUGACGUUUGGCCCUUUAUUAUCCUGGCGGAUGAUUCAUGCGUGAUGUGGAAUGCAGUGGACCUCGACACACGCAUUGGUCCAGUGGAGCACGCUGUGUCACUGAAACAGGUGUUGCAACACAUGGAAGCCUGUCCAGACCUGGCCCACUAUGGUCUGUGUGGGAUGAGGAAGUGGAGCAGCCGGGGCCUCACAGCUCCUACCCAGAAGGACCCUUUCUCCAGAGGUCACCUUCAUGACUUCCUCCUUCUCAAUAUCGACCAGAGUCAGAAUGUCCAAUACGACCAGAACCGCUUCACCUGUCAUGAUGUUGACUUCACCUUGCGGCUACACAGUGCCGGGCUGCUCGUCUGCCGCUUCAACAACUUCAGUGUCAUGAAGAAGCAGAUUGCUAUUGGAGGAUACAGGACAUUCAUCAUCAAGACGAAGAUGACAGAUGUUCCCACCUCAGUGGGGCCCUCCCAGUACAUUUGCGCCCCUGACAGCAAGCACCUUUUCUUGGCCACGCCAGCUCAGCUCCUCCUAGAAAAAUACCUCCAACACACCAGUCACAAGCUCUUCCCUCUCAGCACGAAGAACUACGAGCACCCUGUCCUGUCUGUGGACUGUUACCUCAACCUGGGCCCCGAGGUGACAGUGUGUUUUGUGAGUUCAAGACCUCACUCCAUCAACAUCUGCACCACAGGCCUGCUCUUCAGUGGACUUCUUCUCUGUUUUGCUGACGCCUUUGUUACGCCCAGCUUCCUGAAGAACUUCACCUUCCUUAAAGGUGCAACUCUGUGUGUGAUCAGUGCAGAUCGCAGUUCCUUGCGGCAGACGGUCGGCAGGUUGGAGCUGGAAGAGGAAUGGCGGUUCAGGCUCAGCGAUGAAUUCCAGACCGCCAACACCAAGGAGGAUCGACCUCUGUUCUUCCUGACAGGAAAACAUAUAUGACAUGCAACAAACAUGAACAUGAAAACCACAUGAUUUCCUGAAAACAUAGUGUUUACAUGAAUGAUAUAUGCUCAUAUUGGAAAGUGAUAACUAAAUGUAUUCAUCAAAAAUAAUGCUCUCCAAUUACAGAAAACUUUUGAAAAAGCUUCAUUAUCUUUAAAAAUAUAUAUUUCUAACAUUUUCCCUGCAGUUUACCAGCAGCAUGUUAUUGGAAAAUAAUCCAACAAUGAAUGUAGCAUGGUGGUUCAUUUUGUAUGUGAUUUAUUACUUGUGAGAACACAAUGCAAGUGCAUGCGUGUGCAAAGUCUUGUUGCAAUAUUCUGCAGUAUUAAUUUCUGCAGACGAUUUUUAACUGUGGACACAAUCAUCCAGUGUAUGAGGGUAGCCGAUUUUUGGCAACAUGUUUUUUUAUAAUUUUUUUUUUAGAGACUUCCAUGUUAAUUAUUUUAAGAAUAUUUUUAAAUAGUACUUAUCUACUGUUUGUAUGAGAAAGUUGUUUCUACAUCCCUAAUUGGUAUGUUGAUUUUUCACCUACAUUUGAUGAAAGGUUUGUACUGUAAAUUGGCAGCAUGUCACGUAUGCCUUUAACUGUAUAAAUGUACAGAAAUGUUUAACAUGUAUUGUGUUGCUGUGCUACUCGUCUUACUUGUU